AUGCAGUACAAGAAUUUGGGGAAAUCGGGUUUGAAGGUGAGUACGCUCUCUUUCGGAGCUUGGGUUACGUUUGGGAACCAACUCGAUGUGAAAGAAGCGAAAUCGAUUCUUCAGUGUUGUCGUGAUCAUGGAGUCAAUUUCUUCGAUAACGCCGAGGUUUACGCUAAUGGUCGUGCCGAGGAGAUUAUGGGUCAAGCGAUUCGUGAGUUGGGUUGGCGCCGAUCCGACAUCGUCGUAUCGACCAAGAUCUUCUGGGGUGGUCCUGGUCCUAAUGAUAAGGGUUUAUCGAGGAAGCAUAUUGUUGAAGGAACCAAAGCUUCACUCAAACGACUCGAUAUGGAAUACGUCGAUGUGUUGUAUUGCCACAGACCGGAUGCUUCAACUCCUAUAGAAGAGACAGUGAGGGCGAUGAAUUACGUGAUUGAUAAGGGGAUGGCAUUCUACUGGGGAACGAGUGAAUGGUCUGCUCAACAAAUUACAGAGGCUUGGGGAGCUGCAGAGAGGUUGGAUUUGGUCGGUCCAAUCGUCGAACAGCCUGAAUACAACAUGUUCGCUAGGCACAAAGUUGAGUCAGAGUUUCUUCCUUUGUACACCAACCAUGGCAUAGGUCUCACCACUUGGAGUCCACUUGCAUCCGGAGUGCUCACUGGUAAAUACAACAAGGGAGCUAUUCCCUCGGACAGCCGAUUUGCAUUGGAGAACUACAAAAACCUUGCCAAUAGAUCACUUGUGGAUGACGUGCUGAGGAAAGUUAGCGGCCUCAAACCGAUUGCUGAUGAGCUAGGUGUAACCUUGGCUCAGCUUGCGAUCGCCUGGUGUGCUUCAAAUCCUAAUGUGUCAUCCGUUAUCACCGGUGCCACAAGAGAGUCACAGAUUCAAGAAAACAUGAAAGCUGUUGAUGUUAUCCCAUUGUUGACACCAACUGUUCUUGACAAGAUCGAGCAAGUGAUACAGAGCAAACCGAAACGUCCUGAAUCCUACCGGUAA